AUGGCCACUGGAGGCACAGGCACCGUGACGUCUCCUCAACCCAUCACACAGCCCGGUCAACGAAACGUCCCUGCACCUUCUCCACUGUCCACCGUCUCUCCGCCCUCCAAGCGGGAAUUAGCAUCAUGGUGGAAGAAAUUUAGGAAGACAACAGAAAAGACCGAUGAGAAAGUUGAAACGCAACCUGGUAUCUUCGGGGUCCCUUUGGCCGACAGCAUCAGAUAUGCAAAUGUUGCCAUUUCGCUUCAAAAUGAGAGCGGUGAGAGCUUUAUCUACGGAUAUGUUCCCAUCGUGGUUGCAAAGUGUGGCGUUUUUCUAAAAGAGAAAGCCACCGACGUGGAAGGAAUAUUCAGAUUGAGUGGAUCGGCCAAAAGAAUAAAAGAUUUACAAACGGCCUUCAAUUCCCCUGAUCGAUAUGGCAAGGGACUAGACUGGACUGGAUACACGGUGCACGAUGCAGCUAAUAUUCUCCGUCGCUAUCUGAACCAACUUCCAGAACCGAUCGUACCUCUUGACUUCUAUGACCGAUUUCGCGAACCCUUACGAAGGGCGCAGCAUCCAGCUCAGACAAAUGGUGAAGCGCAAGGUCCUGGGUUCAGUCUAGAUGAGCACAAUGCUGCCGUGUUGUCUUACCAGCGGCUUAUAACAGAACUACCAGCAUUAAACCGCCAACUUUUACUCUACAUAUUGGACUUACUGGCUGUUUUUGCGUCCAAAUCGGAUCUCAAUCGCAUGACCGCUGCAAAUCUGGCAGCUAUCUUCCAACCCGGCAUCAUUUCACAUCCCACACAUGACAUGGCUCCCCAGGAAUAUCGACUCAGCCAAGAUGUACUGAUAUUUCUCAUUGAGAACCAGGACAAUUUCCUUAUUGGCAUGUCGGGCACAGCCGUGGACGAAAAAACUCAAAAGGAUGUCGAAAGUGGUGCACCGUCUCUGAAGUCACCCAAACCCCUAGGCAGAUCCUCGUCGAACGCAAGUGCUGGUGCUGACAGUCUGCGGAAGUUUGGCGUCCGGCGUAAUGUCUCCGUUUCGUCUCGAGGUUCAAGGGAUCGAGGAAGCCCAGGUGUUUCAAGCCCAGGAACUCCUUCAGGUCUUGGGACAUUUCCAGACGGUACAGCAGGUGCAAAGAUCAAUCGCAGUAACACUGUUCCGUCUAAGAGAUCCCCAGCGAUCACUCCAAGCCGAUUUCAGAACUUGAACGAUGCUAAAAGUCCUGCAUCACCUGCUCUGAGUUCAGCACCUCCGGUUGCUGACACACCUAUACCGGCCAAAGAGGUCACUGAAUCUAAAUCCUCGCGAUCUGGAUCUAUUGGACCAGACGAGGCCUUCAACAAUCAAGCUUCAACAGGUCAUCUCACUGAGCACAUUCCGACUCAACCCAGUCUGUCACCACCAGUGACUCAACCACAAUCGUCCAACAUUGCUCCUUUUCCUCCAGUACAAGCCAACCCUGCUUCGGUACCCGGGCAGCCGGUCACCGCAACGCCAAUUGUUACUCGCGAAAGAAAGAUCUCCAACUUGUUUCCAAAGUCUCCAAUAUUUGGCCCAUCGGAGCCUCAACAGAGACAGCCUAGAAAGCUUCAGAAGAAACCGAAACUCCCGGGUAGUGCAAAUGACAGUGCACAGAGCUCUGUGAAUUCUCUCCACGCAGAUGACACUGCAGCAUUCAAAACCCCACUGACUUCUCCCGAUUUGAAUGGUGCUUCACGGCUUGAUCCGUUAGCUGCGGUCUCAGGUCCUGCCUUGACAAACACAGCUCCCACCCCAGUCACUGAAGUUCCAACAUCGGACUUUUCCACUCCUAGUCCACAGAGUGCCAACAUGGCACAAAAUAAUGCAUCCGGAUUGAAGCCUCGCAAGUCUCCCCCCACAUCCACCAAGUCCAGGUCUUCUUUCACCGAUCACUCGGAGGCAGAUGCCCUUGAUGACAGCAAAGUGAUGAAGGAAGAUACGGAGAAAAGGCGGCACAGGUGGAGGUUUUCCUCCUCAGCCAAGAAGGCAGAAAAUACACCGCUUGUGCCGCCUCCUGCAAUAGGGCACAAUGCUGGAGCCAGAGGAAGCAACAGCUCCCUGGGCAGCUCUCAUCGACCCCGCAAGAGCUUCACGGGAGAUUCUCAGCAGACACAAUCAGCAUCUCUCUAUGGAGACACGGUGGCCGGUCAACAGGCAUUAGUAGGUCCCUCGAGCAACGAAUCCGGGGAAGUAUGGAAGGACAACAGUGGCGACACGGAGAAGAGGGGCGGCUUGUUUGGCAAAUGGAAGGCUAAGAUGUCGCAGAGUAAGGAGGAGAGACAGGCAGAGAAGGAAAGGGCCAGGAGUCCUCCAGCAGCGGAGCAUGGAGCGUCUCGGAACAGCCUCUCGGCAUUUGCACAAGAGCAUUUGACUCCUCGGGGGCGAUCGUUUGACAGAGCGAGGGACGAGAGUAUACCAGGUUAUCAUGAACGACCAACAGGGGAGGCGCCGAACCAGCCUAGGAAGGCGUCAUUUGAUAUGAGACAUGGUGAGAACAAACCAUCGUCGUGA